AUUUCUUGCCUACCAUUUACUGUUUUCUGUACAAAACGCAUUUCAAAAAAAUAAUUAUGUAACUACGUACCAAAAAUAUUAGAUUUUUAACUUCUAUUUGUCAUAUAUUUUCGGAUUUGUUUAAUUGUAAUGGCCUCUCAUCCAAUGACCAGUUGCUCCGAAAAUAAUGAUGGCUGCAUUCCUGUUGGAUCAGCAUCAUUUAACAACAUAAAAGAUUUCGAUCUGGAGGACAUUGUGCAAACAUUGACGAAUACGGUUAAUGCAACAGUUAAUACAGCCGUGCAACUGAUAUUGAGUGAUGUGGGAGGCGAAUUCUUUUAUCCUAAUCCAAGGCCUCGGACUAAGACCACAAAAGUACAUCAUGAAUUUCUUAGCUUCGAUGCUGAAUACAAAGAGAAGAGUAUUGAUUGGGUUACUAUACAGGAUUUUUCAGUCAAUGAAAUAUUCACACAAGUGCGCGACUUUAUAAAUUUGUGGCAUUUAUCAGAUGCUACGAAAUUUACGCUUGGGAUAAACGACAAGUCACAUAUUAUACCAAGGAAGGGUACUAGAUAUUUUCUUGAUGCAAUUUUUUCGAAGCCCACACCCGUUUGUCCUAAUCCAUUGGCUGUUGCAAAAGUCUUCUUUACCGUUAUAGUGCCCCAAUACUUACCAAAACACUAUCCAAUUAAGGUGAUCUAUCGCUUUGAAGGCUAUAGCACACAUUAUCAUGCGAAUGGGCCACGUGAGAUGCGUACUAAGGAUUUUCAAAGGUACUUUAUUGAUUCAAUACUGCAAAGAAAACUGGUGUUCUAUGCAAAGAUAUUCGAAUGCCGCCAUCCACAUAUUAAAUUGAACAAAAGCAAACCAUUUAAGGAGAACGAUGAAAGUGAGGAGAAGAAUGGGGGUGUAGAAGAGGAGAAAAAUCCCGUUGAUGAUAUGAAUGACUAUGAUCUCGCCGGUUUAAAUGAUAAUGCAAAUGAUCAAACUGAUGAUUUUAUAAUCAAGAAUGCAAGCGAAUUAUACGAAGAGCAAAUAUUGUAA